AGAAAAACUGAACAGAUGGAGACAGGAGGUGAUGGAGAGGACUGUGGAGGACCAGAACCAGACCGCAACUCGGGUCCAGCCAGUCCUCCAGAUACUGAUAAGAAAACUGGAGACUCUUCUGAGACUGAGGACAGUGGUGAUUGGAAUGAGACCAGAGAACCUCUGUCUGGUGAAGAGUUUGUCAGUGACUCUAGAUGUAGAACAAGUGAGAAACCUUUGAUCUGUUCUGAAUGUAAGAAAACAUUUGGUUGCAUUCAGAAGCUGAGGAAACACAUGAUGACCCACACAUCAGAGAAACCUUUCAGCUGCUUCGAAUGUGGUAAAUGUUUUGCUGAAAGCGGAAAGCUGAAGAUCCACAUGAGAUGUCACACAGGGGAGAAACCUUUCAGCUGCUUCGAAUGUGGUAAAUGUUUUGCUGAAAGCGGAAAGGUGAAGAUCCACAUGAGAUGUCACACAGGGGAGAAACCUUUCAGCUGCUCACAGUGUGGUAAAUGUUUCACCCUGAGGGGAAAUCUAAAAAUACACAUGAGAUGUCACACAGGGGAGAAACCUUUCAGCUGCUCAGAUUGUGGUAAAGGUUUCACUACAAAUGGAGAGCUAAAGACACACAUGCAACGUCACACAGGAGAGAAACCUUUCAGCUGCUCACAGUGUGGUAAAUGUUUCCCUAAAAGUUCAUAUCUAAAGAGUCACAUGAGAUGUCACACAGGGGAGAAACCUUUCAGCUGCUCACAGUGUGGUAAAUGUUUCACUGAAAGGGGAAAUCUAAAAAUACACAUGAGACGUCACACAGGGGAGAAACCUUUCAGUUGCUCAGAUUGUGGUAAAUGUUUCACUAAAAGUUUUAAUCUAAAGAGACACAUGAGAUUGCACAUGGGAGAAACCUUUUAGCUGCUCAGAGUGUGGUAAAUGUUUCACUAGAAGUAGAGAUGUGAAGAGACGCAUGAGAUGUCAUACGCUGUGUAAAUCUAAAAGUCCACAUGAAAACUCAAAUGAGAAUCCCCUUUAACGUCUUUCCCUAAUUUACAUUACCGU